CAGUGUUUUCUGGGGGAGUGCGGUGUUGAAUAGAAUAUAGGAUAUAAAUUGCGAGUGGGCCGAGUGGCACCUGUGGGGGUCCCAUUGAAGUUCGUUUGUUGGAAAACUAGGGCAAAGGAUUUUUUGUUGAGAGUAAAGAGAGAAUAGAGAUGCAGCAGUCACCACAAGUUUUUAAUGGUACUCCCACUGCUAAUAUCACAACUGAGCAAAUUCAAAAGUACCUGGACGAGAAUAAAGAGUUGAUUCUUGCAAUAAUGGAAAACCAAAACCAGGGAAAAUUCGCCGAGUGUGCCCCGUACCAUGCCCAGCUUCAGCAAAACUUGACGUAUCUUGCUCAAAUCGCUGAUGCCCAACCACAGGCACCAACAAUGCCUUCUCAGAUGCCCUCCCAGUCUACAAUGCACCAAGGGCUUUUAAUGCAGCACCCCCAGGCAACAAUGUUUCAGCAACAAACAGGUCCCAUAGCACCUAAGUUGCCUUUCCAGUUGAAUGAUCAGCAUCAGUAUCAGCAUCAGCAGCAGCGUCAGCAGCAGCAGCACCAACAAUCAAAGUACCUCCAGCAACAGCAACUCAUCCAAGGGCAGAUGGGAGUAAGACCCGGUGGAACAAGUGGCAAUUAUCAGGCCAUGCAGGCUGGCCUUGGAAACAAUUUGUUUGGCAUACAAGGAAGCAAGCAAGAUAGCUCAGAGGCUGGUGCUGAAGAUUUUGUCGGAAAGUUAUAAUUUCCUGUUUCUUCGUUUUGUUUUUUUCCUCAAUUCCCCCACCCCUUGGGUUGCUACACCAUCAUCCCAGAGAAGUUUUAUCUUGACACCGAGAGUAGUAGCAGAUGGUGCGGGACGAUGCUUUUGUGUAAUCCUUUUUAUCACCUAAAAAAUUGGGGCAAAGCAUUCCCUUCAUCUAUUUGGGAAAACUCUACUUAUACCCUGCAAACUGUCAAGCCUUUUAAAAUGUUCACUCCAAAGUUUAAAAGCUUGCAAUGUGAGUAUUCAAUGUAUAAGUUUCUUUUAUUCA